AUGGAGAAACCAGAAAAAAAUGAAAUCACUUAUGAAUAUACAAGGAAGAGAAAAGAGUUUGGAAAACAAACUUUAUUCGAAGAUUAUGGCCCUGAAAUGUGUGUCAGUAUUCCAUGCAAUCCUAGUCAGUAUAAAAAUUAUAUACUACGCAAUCCUGUACAUGUCGCCGUACAAAAUGCUCCGAAUAUGUCCGAAAACUGGGUUAAUUUAACAAGAGCGGAGUAUACAAGUUCAGGUAUAAACCAUGUCGAAAGUGGCUGGCCUAAGGAUAUAAACAUGAAUGACCCUGAAGCCACACAACGAUAUCGGCGUAAGAUAGAAAAGGACGACGCAUACAUUCAUGCUGUUAUGCACCUCGGACAUAUAUAUUAUUCGGAAUUGCCAUCAAUACCGCCGGUGGAAAGGAGCAGCUGUCACACUGUGAAUGUAUACCGCGAGCCGGGAGCGCGGCGGCCUGUGCGCUCGCUGUCGUGGCAGGCGGACGGGGGCGCCAAGCUCGCGGUCGCGCACGCAGACAUCGAAGUACUCAAUACUAGAUCACUGCAGUUCUCUUAUAUAUAG